CACUGAAUGUUCAGGGUCCAAAUGGCUUUAAUGGUCAAAUGAUAUCAGCAGGCUGAAAUUACUUUACAGUGUAUUACAGUAUUUUCACCACUAGUAAAAGAAGACAGCACGUUUUACUGCAGUAACUGCAGGACGUUUAGUGGUGAUCUAGUGUUUUAUAAGUCUGUGGACUGUAAGGGUUAAACAAGGGGGGGCUUCCGUCGGAGCAGCUCUGACUCUGAGGAAGAAGAAGAGGAGGAGAAGCAGCUCAAUCAGUCCGUCAGAAGGCAGUGGGUGCCGUCGUUAAAGGGGAGAAAGGAUGAAGAAGAUGCUCCAGCUCAGCGGUCAUCCGGCUUCUCGUGGAAGAUGGACAGUAAGCACUAAAGCAGCUUGUGGAGGUCAGGGGGUCUGAGGGGACGGGAGUGAUCAUGGGAGAUGGAGGACCCCUGCAGACUGAGGGGAACGCCCUCCUCAAAGCCGUCUUCCAGGGGAAGCUCAGACUGACCCGCCUGCUACUAGAAGGCGGCGCCUACAUCAACGAGGGCAACGAGCGCGGAGAGACCCCCGUCUCUGCGGCCUGCCUCGCGGCGUAUGACGACCCGCAGACCCGGCAAAGGAUGGUCAGGUACCUGCUGGAGAAAGGUGCUGACCCAAACAUCCCGGACAAGAGCGGCAGGACUGCGCUGAUGCACGCCUGCGCGGAGCGAGCGGGGAAGGAGGUGAUCGCCCUGCUGCUGGAGAACGGCGCUGACCCCAGCCUCAAGGACUACGCUGGCUCCUCGGCGCUGGUCCAUGCCAUCAACAAGGGGGACCGCGACACCUUGCAGGUCCUGCUGGACGCCUGCAAGGCCAAAGGCAAGGAGGUGAUCAUAAUCACCACUGACACGUCUCCGUCCGGCACCAAGAAGACCAAACAGUACCUCAACUCGCCCCCCUCUCCAGGUAUUGUGGAUAAGCUGUCCCCGGCCUGCAUGUCUCCUUCUGAUGUGGAGAUCGGGACGUCGUCGCCGGCGGGAGAGAGGAGCCAGGCUGCUGAGGGGAUCUUCAGCUUCGCUCUCACCUCAGCGUUACCUUUACCUUCAGCUCGGCCUCCAGGAGAAAAGAGACCUCCCCCACGCAAACUGCUGAAGAGGCUGAAUUCGGAGCCCUGGGGCCUGGUGGCGCCAUCGGCGCUCGUUCCUCAGGACCGGGUGGAUGGCGGUCUGGAGGAGGAGGGUGGCUGUGACAUUAACAGGACAAUCACUGACAUUAAUGGCUUGACCAUCACGGAACCCGGCAGACCUCUGUUGUCACGGCGACACAGCAUUGAGACCCACGACCCCUGCUCUCCUAAGCCCAUUGACCGCUCAUGCUCCGAGGACUGCGCAGCCCUCUGUGGUUCCUGGGCCGACAAAGUCCAGCAGCACCAGAUUCUGUACCGUCGGAACACAGCACCAGAGUCCCAGGAGAACGCUGGCGGCUCCGGAGCAGGUCGGGUUCUGGCUCACCCCAAAUUGACCCGGAUGGAGCACUAUGAGUCAGAUACCCACCUGUGUCCAGAGUCCAUCCCAGGAUCCCCAGACUCCGGUCGGGUGUCUGUGGAGCGGAGGAGGUACAAUGCCUCCCCCCUUUCUCUGGUCACCAGCUCCUCCAGAGAGUCACUGGAGAACAUCCCCAACUCCGUGUCCCCCAUCACAAUGCGACGGCGGCCCCCUGGCCUCCUGGAGCGCCGAGGCUCCGGAACCCUUCUGCUAGACCACAUCUCCCACACCAGGCCUGGCUUCCUACCUCCGCUGAACGUCAACCCCCAGAGACCCAUACCUGACAUCCGAGCUAAUGGCAAAGCUACUUCCCCAGUCCAUUGUGGGCACAAGAUGCUGGUCCCAGUGGCCCCCGCCUCCCCCAAACGAGGCCCAGACUUUAAGAUGAAGAAGAAGCUGAUGAGGAGGCAUUCCAUGCAAACUGAACAGAUGAAGCAGCUCUCUACCUUUCAGGAGAUACUAGCUGAGAAGGUCAUCGAGUCCGGUGGGGAUUGAUGAUGGGGGGUUGAAGCAAAGAUGACGGGUAGCAGCAGAGACACGUGGAUUUAAUGUGAAGAAAUGCUUCCUGGAGGGCAGUGCCUACAAGGAUGCUUGUUAUUGGAACAAGUUGCAGCGAAUCACAUUUACAAAGUAUCAACGUGGCAGGAAAUUGACCUCGACAUUUCACUACAUUUGUCAAAUGAUUGUGAACAUUUCUGUUAGACUUGUCGGUGCUGCUCCCUCAGCUUCUUUUUAUCGUCUCUGCUGAUGCUUCCUGGUUUGAUGAACUGAUAAAGUCUAUAAUGAAAUAAUUGUUCCGUGUUUACAGAUGCAGAAUUUGCACCAUGUCUUUUUCUUCUUGUGACGAUGAAAAAACAAACUUUGUGUUCGGAUAACACUGAAAUGUCACAAUUCAACCCUCACCCUCCAAUAAUGAACGUUAAUUUAAUGAAUAACUACCUACUGCGCUGUAUGUACUGUAAUUAUCUACACACUAGUCAAUAUAACAGUUGGUAUUUGUGUGACAAUGAACCAUUUUUAUUAUCCGGCUCAGAGUCAAAUCAAAUGUUCAAUUACUGUUCAUGAAAUCCCAAAGACGUCAUGUGAAUGAUUUCAAGACUGUAAAUACUGUAACGAUGCAUCUAGAACGUCUGACUGAACACGAUGAGGCUUCGAGGGAGAACAAUCUCACACUGACCGGCAGGUUCACACCAGAAGGUGGACGUUAGUUAAGUCCAGAGUCCAGUUUACAGAUGUGUUGAGUUCAUUUUCUAGUUCAGAUUCUGGAUGAAAAGGAGAAUUAAUAGAUCCCAGUUCAACGACACAAUGCUUGAAUCCUGUUAUAUCACGGAUAUUAAAUAUAUUGUGUUCAUGAUAUUCAUACUGUGUAGAUCCAAGCUGAGCAGUAUGUUCAUGUAGCUGUUGCUAGUGUGUAGAUGUACGUCAGCUCUUGUUUACAAGAGUCCUAAAGAAGUGAGAUGCAUGUAAACAAACACCUCGUGGUUCUUGGUCUGAACACACAUGAAGCUGAUGAAAUGUGGAAGUGUUCAGUGCCCGUGAUCUGAUCCGAAGGUCUGAGACCACGCCUCCUGUUACAGAAAUGUUGACUGUUACUGACUUGAGCUGAAUGUGUGAACUGGUUCUGGUUCAGGGUCAGUCUGGAUUCAACUGUGCAGAUGAGAGUGGACUGAGAUGGGCCUUGUUGGGGAUACUUGAAGUUUAAACAGAGUAUUUUUGUAAGCCUGUCAUCUGAUACUGUCUCUAAUGAAUCUGUGAUCUAUUUUUCUUUGUUUAUUUCAACUGUAACAAACCGUGGAAUAAAACCAUGUUUCAUGUUCAACAGCCAAA